UUAAAACCGCUGAUCUCCAGUGAACCAAAGUGAACUCAUCAACUACGUUUCCCACAAGUCUUUGCUCCUUCCCUCCUCGUUACCGACGCUUCAUGUGUUUUUUUUUGUUUUGUUUUUUUGUGCAAGGAAAGCAGGGAUCCCACGUUGUUGAGUUCAAAAGAGUUUGGAAGCAAAGCGGAAGUGCUAACGCGGCUUUAAGCGCCGAGCGGGUCCAAGUUAAACACUUGAGCGGGGAUCAGGCUGCAGGAUGUGGGCUCGGGUUACGGCCGGGGGCUCGGGGCUCGGGCUGCGGGCUUCCAGGGAGUGCUUGCUGCGGGUCACGGGUGUUGGAUGUGCGGGGAAGAUGUCACAGGAGAGACGGGAUUUCAGUGCAGAGGCUGCCCUGAAGAAAACCACUCUCUUUGACUUCCACAGGAACAAUGGUGGAAAGAUGGUGGAGUUUGCAGGCUGGAGUAUGCCUGUGCAAUACAAAGACAGUCACAUCGCCUCACACAUGCACACCAGGGAGCACUGCUCCAUCUUUGAUGUCAGCCACAUGCUCCAGACCAAAAUCCACGGAAAAGACCGGAUAAAGUUCAUGGAGUCUCUGGUGGUUGCAGAUAUUGCAGAGCUGAAGGACAACCAGGGUACGUUGUCCCUCUUCACCAACGAGAAAGGAGGAAUCAUUGAUGACCUCAUAGUGACAAAGACCGACCAGGGUUACCUCUACGUGGUCUCUAACGCCGGCUGCGCCGACAAAGACUCGGCUCAUAUGAAGGCCAGACUGGCAGAGUAUAAAGCUGCCGGGUUUGAUGUGGACCUGGAGUUCAUUGACGGAGCCCUGAUUGCUCUUCAAGGUCCCACCAUGGCUCAGGUACUUCAGGCUGGGCUGAAAGGAGACCUCAGUAAGCUGACCUUCAUGACCUCCACCCUGGUCACGCUGUUCGGUAUUCCUGACUGCAGGGUGACCCGCUGCGGAUACACCGGAGAAGACGGGGUGGAGAUUUCUGUUCCUCGUUCCAGAGUGGUUGAGCUAGCAGAGAAGCUGCUUAGCAACAAUGAGGUGAAGCUGGCCGGUCUGGGAGCCAGAGACAGUCUUCGGCUGGAGGCGGGGCUUUGUCUCUACGGCAACGACAUAGAUGAGACCACCACGCCUGUGGAAGCCAGUCUUGUUUGGACGAUAGGGAAGCGCAGGCGUCAGACGAAGGAUUUCCCUGGCGCUGACAUCAUUGUGCCGCAAAUCAAAGCCAAGACAGUCAGGAAAAGAGUUGGACUGGUGUCCACCGGUCCCCCAGUGAGACAGCACACCCCCAUCCUGAGCCCUGAUGGACAGGUCAUAGGGGAAGUGACCAGCGGCUGUCCCUCUCCCUGUCUGAAAAAGAACAUUGCCAUGGGUUACAUGGACGCAGCAUUUGCCAAGAACGGAGCAGCCGUCCAGGUUGAAGUCAGAAAGAAAACAGUCCCAGCCAUCGUCAGCAAGAUGCCCUUCGUCCCCACAAACUACUACACUGGAUAGGAACCACACACCGGAUCCUUCUACCAAUGCCUCUCUCAUUUACUGUCGUCGCCCCCUGGUGUUUAACUCCAGUCAUACAAGGCCAAUUUAGGAUUUAAAAUAGGCCAUGUAUUUUAAAAUACAAGGCCUACACUUACAGAAAAAAUACUUUCCAGUAAGUGUGUGUGGGGGAUAAAUGCAACACUGUAAACGUGGUUGGUGUUCAGCUGUGAACAGCCAUAUUCAAUGCAGAAAACUGAUAGGUUAUGGAAGUAAUAAAACUGUGAGUUUGGCAUCCUGACUUGAACCCAUAGUUUGAUAACAUUGUUCAAUCUGGGUUGUGUUGUGGUGGCGUAGGGGAUAGCGCAACCCACAUUUGGGUCCUCGACGCGGCGAUCGGGGGUUCGAUUCCCGGCCGACAUUUGCCGCAUGUCUUCGACCCUCUCCUUCCCCCUUUCCUGUCAGCCUACUGUCAUAUAAGGGACACUAGAGCCCACAAAAAUACCCCGUGGUGGGAAAAAAAAAACAAUGUUCAAUCUGUUUAGAAUGAAAAGCAGGUGGCGUGAGAGUACAGGGAGUACUGAUGAUGUUAGCACAGUUAUGGGACCACAAUAGAAACUUUUAUUUAUCAAGUCAUUAUGAUACUAAACAAAAAAAAUUCCUCAAAUUUGCAGGCUACUCUUUUUGACCCUCACCUCUUUAUUUUAUUUUAUUUUAUUUUUCCUUUUUAGUACCAAAUGGAGCCAUCGUCCGUGGUACACUUUAUAAGGGCUAUUUGUAAAUUUGCACUUGACAACAAUUAAGUACAUUCCUACAUUGUUCUCCUAGUAGAGAACAUUUGGUUACAUGACUCUAGUAAAUUACAUCGACCAGCUGGAGGUCACUCCAAGUCAUUAUAGAGUUAUUACAAAGUUUUAGCAUUUUUAUCAGUUUCAAUCAUCAAUUUAACUAUAAAGAAAAGAAAAUGCUCCACAUUGGUUGAAAUAUGAGGGAACAACAUAAAAGAUGGUGACAAAUGUCACAGAGCCUGACAAGUGAGACGGUGUGACUAACAAACUACUAUUUUGUGAAUUAGACUGCAGCACAUUCGUGCACGCUUUUUUGUCUUCUAAUGCUGUUUUAAUGCCACAGAUGCAUAGAAGUAUUUGCAUUUACAGUAGCUAUGAACCAAUAUGACAGGGUUUGGCGUUUUUGAUCAUAUGAUGAUAAUGAUGACGAUGUUUAUAUGUAUGUUUAGAUAGUAUCAAUUCAUAAAUCCAGAUGGGAAAAAUAACGGUCUAAUUUAUAGAGAUUGCUUAGUUUAACCAUUAAUCUUUACUACUAAUAAAAGUAUUCAAUAUGUAAUUAGAGCUUUCUAUUUUCACAUGAGGUUUCUAGUAACUUGAUGAAAUUUACUACUGACUUGCCAACUUGGAACUGUGCAACAAUGCGAUUAACUUGGGUUUUUAUGUAUGGCUGAACGUUUGCGUGAACUUCUUAAGCCUUUUUCACGGGAGAGUUACUUCUGAGUAAAUAAAAUGUGCUUUUCUA